AUGGAGAAAUCGGAAAUGGCUUUCGCGGGAGUUUAUUGUGUUCUGUUUAAAGCUUUUCGAGAGAACUUUUUUGGAGGGAAAUUGCAACUGCUCCCCGGUCGUUAUAUAGAAGCUUUCCUUAACAUUGCGUCGUGCGUUAACAACUGCGGCGUUACCGGAAACCCUGCCACCAACAAUCUCUGCCAGAAAUGCUUCAACGCCGUCUCCACCUCCGUUUCCGCCUCAACGGCGACAAUUCCUCAUAAAUUCUCCGACAAAUCUCCUAGAUCUAUCAUUCGGAGGUCAUCGUCGGAAACAACGCGAGAGGAUUGGAGGUUAGUAGGCGAUGAUGAAGCCAAGGUCGAUAGUUCGCCAGUUCCGCCUAGGAGAGGUGUGAGCCGGUGUUCUGGUUGCCGGAGAAAGGUAGGAUUGACCGGAUUCUGA